UCAUUUUAUUAUUUUCCUUAGGACAAAAGAGAACUAAAAGAAUAAUAACUCCAAGAGUUUAUCCUCAGGUAAUAAGGAACUCAGGAAGAGAGAUUAGGUUUUUGUGACAGGGACACCUGUUAAAUGCAAGGGUUUACUUCUCAUUUUUCUUGACUACAAGUUAAACUGGUUGUAUCACUCCCUAGAUGGCUCUAUAUUCGUUUGAAGUACAGCAGUCCCUCCUCUUGGACCUUGACCCAACCAAACCCCGGCUGUUACCUAACUCCCAUUUAUGCAUUCUACCACUGAAGACCGGCAAGAAGAAUGGUCUUUUUUUGUUUUUUGAAAAAACCGAGUUGCCACAUAUGGUUGCUCUAACCUUUCAAGAUGUUUGGAAAAUCUUUUGUAAUCCUACUUUUGUUGGUGACCCCAGGAGAAGCAAGGAAGUCGUUUCUCAGUUUUCUGAACAUACAAAAUACCGAAAUACUGUCAUUUGCUAAGGCAGAAGAAACUGUCGUUGUAAAGUCCAGUUAUAAAGGUAAACAGCCUAGCUCCAGCUACCUUUUUGUGAAAUCAGAUGAUCCAACGGUGCUGCAGGUGGUGAACGUGACCAAGACCUCGCUGGACGCCACAGACUUUACCAUCUGCCUAAUGACUUUCCCAGGAGAGACGAAUCUGACCAUUCAACUCUGGGAUUCCGAAGGUAGGCAAAAAAGACUCAUCGAAGAGAUAAAGAAUAUUAAAGUCAGAGUUUUCGGACAGACAGAAGACAGCCUCUUCCAGGCACCUAUGCAUGUCAAUAGAUACAUCUUGCUGCUUGUUUUAUCGAUGAUCCUUUUAAAUAAAUGUGCCUUUGGCUGCAAGAUUGAAUUCCAGGUACUUCAAACAGUAUGGAAGAGACCUCGGCCAGUAGUUCUUGGGGCAGUCACACAGUUUUUUCUUAUGCCAUUCUGUGGUUUUCUCCUGUCUCAGAUUUUGGGAUUGCCCAAAGCACAAGCUUUUGGAUUUGUAGUGACCUGCACAUGCCCAGGGGGAGGCGGGGGCUACCUUUUUGCUCUCCUUCUGGAAGGAGAUGUCACUUUGGCCGUUUUGAUGACUUGCACAUCAACAUCCCUGGCCCUGAUAAUGAUGCCUGUCAAUUCGUACUUAUACAGUAGGCUAUUAGGAUUAGCAGGUAUAUUUCACGUUCCUGUUUUCAAGAUCGUGUCUACACUCCUAUUCAUUCUUAUACCAAUAUCGGUCGGUGUAGUCAUCAAGCACAGGGCUCCUGAGAAAGCAGUCUGUUUAGAGAGAGUAGUUCGGCCUCUGAGUUUGACUUUAACGUUUGUCGGGAUCUAUGUGGCUUUCAGGAUGGGGCUGGUGUUUCUGAGAACGGCUAACCUAGAUGUGCUUCUCCUGGGGCUGCUGGUGCCUGCCCUGGGCUUUACGUUUGGCUAUUCCUUUGCUAAAGUCUCUAUGCUGCCUCUUCCUGUUUGCAAAACAGUUGCUAUCGAAAGCGGGAUGUUGAACAGUUUCUUAGCCCUGGCCAUUAUUCAGCUCUCUUUUUCACAGUCCAAGGCAUAUGAAGCCUCUGUAGCUCCUUUUACAGUAGCCACGUGUUCUGGAUGUGAAAUGUUACUGCUCCUUCUGGUUUACAAGUGUAAGAAAAGAGGAACCCUUAGCACAAAAACUGAAAACACUCCUUUCGUCUAAAACUUACAGCACUCCUAAUUCUUGCCCUGGCUGAGACACUGUGGGAGAUUCAAACUAUGCAUAAAUAAUGCUUGCUCUAAAGGCAUCUCUCAUCUGGCUAAAAGCUUGACAUGGGAGGUGAGAUUAUUUCUUCUAAUACUUGUAUGUGUAUGUUUUACAUAUUUGUGUGUGUAACAUAUAGGCGUGUAUAAUAUGUUACACACGUAUGUAUAUGUUAAAUAUGUUAUAUAUGUUUAUAUGUAUAUGUUAUAUAACACACACACUGUGUGUGUGUGUGUGUGUGUGUGUGUGUGUUAUCCAUAGUAAGCACCCAGUGACUGCUACAGUACAUAUUGAGAAGGGAGCUUAAGAUUCCUUGCAGUAUGUUAGUUUGGUAAUGAUUUUAUAACCUCUUAAUGAGGAAUAGCAAUGGAAAUAACCAGUAAAUCCUGUAUAUCCUAAGUUUUUAAGGAAAGAAGGUUCUUUGGAUGGAGCAGCACAUAUUGACUCGGGGAAUGAGCACACAGAUUCCUAUCUGGCCCUCCCACUAGCUCAUCUGGAAAGAGCCUGUCUUGAAUAAACACAGCAGCUCUGUUUUCACAGCCACACGUGCUUCUGACUUCCAUCUUCCACACCAAAGGCACUGCCACUCAUCUGGAAAGGACAUCUCCUCCCUCCUCUGUCCUUUUUUUGAAACAGUCAACCUCAUUAUUGCAGAAUGUUCAUCCACUACCUGCACCAGCCUCCUCCCCAUUCCCAGGGCUAUUGCUCUUGUUAUACAUAUAUUGCUCUUUCCCCAAACCUUUCCAAACUGGCUUUGGCUUCUUUCUUCUAACUCUAGUCAGUCAUAUUAAUCUUAUAAAAGUUUAACUUGGGGGGCUGGAGAGAUGGCUCAGAGGUUAAGAGCACUGGCUGUUCUUCCAGAGGUCCUGAGUUCAAUUCCCAGCAACCACAUGGUAGCUCACAACCAUCUGUAAUGAGAUCUGAUGCCUUCUUCUGGCCAUGCAGACACAGCACUGUAUACAUAAUAAAUAAAUAAAUCUUUAAAAAAAAAAAGUUUAACUUGGAUGGCAUAAUUUCCCUGCAAAGAAGCCUGUUUGCUACAUGUAUAAAGCUCCUAUUCCCCAGAAAGGUAAUAUUACCCUCCACUCUGAAUUUAAUCAGCUUCCGGUUUGCUCCCUACCACUUCUUUACAUAUGUGUCUUUGCCAUUUUGUAGGUUCCUUUUGACUCAGAUUUUGGCUCUGCCUAAGGCACAAGCUUUUGUAUUAUACAGGUCUUUGCUUCUGGUAAAGCAGAGGUUUAGUGUCUCAAGGAUAUACCUUGUGUAAGCCAGACUGGCUGUUUUAUAGCAAUUUCUGUUCUGUUUAAUCUCCUUACUCAUCUUUAAGCAUGAAACCCAUUUUGAUGUUUUUCUAUCAUAUUAGCACUAAAUUUUCCAUAUGCUUAUUCAAACAGAUUGUUAAAGCACAAGCUAGGACUCAAAUGAAGACCAUGCUUCAAAAAGUAAUCAAUUAGUCUUUGGUCAGGGGUAUGCAGCAAGAGUGCUUGUCUGGCAUAUUUGAAGCCCUGGAUUGUAACACUGAAAAAAUAAACACACACACACACACACACACACACACACACACACACACACACACACACACACUUCUACAUGCACUUCAUGGGAUAGAUUUCUACAUCAUCAAAAUCUAUAACUGAAAUUUUCGAUGCAUUUUUUAGUACUUAAGAGCAGACCAGUCUGUAUUCUUGUCUAAGACAAUGUAACCAUUAAGGAAAAACAAAACAAAACAACAAAAACAAAAACAAAAAAAGAAACACUCUUAAGGAUAUACCUUUCUCUAUUUGACUAUUUUCUUGUUGUUGGAGGCAAAAUAAUGAUCCCAUAUUCCAGGUCCCUUAUUUUAAAAAGGUGGAAAUAAUGAUGUCAACUCCAUUAGAUUGUCCUGGGAAUGAUAUUCAGCCACACGUCUACUGUGCUUGCUGAGCAGAGCACAGAGUUAGCUAUUAUUACUGCUUUGUUCAAGUUUAAACUGUUGACACUGACAGAUGCAUACUGGUGGUUUGAAAUGUCAGAUAGCUAUGUUUGGAGCCUAAACUUAUAAUAUUUUCCUGUCAGUGUUCCUGCCUAUAGUGCUGUAGUACUGGGAACUUCUGUUUUCUGCCGACAUAAGAUAGACAAAUCUGCUCUUUCUUAUAUCACUAAGUCCAGUGUAUCAAAAACAGGAUUCAUAAAAGACCUGAUGGUAUGAUGAUGGGUGGCUAUCCUGAUCUUAAAAACAGUAAUUGCCUCCCUGGAGUAUUUGACUCCUUUAGACAGAAACAUCCAUUCAGAGGCUCAAUAUGUAAGUGUAUUUAUAUAAUACAAACUUAACUAGGUACCUCUUAGUGAACAUAAUUUGCCAAUUGCAAGUCAGGAAACCUGCCUUUCUAGUUGUGCUUUAUGAUCAACCUUAUGACACUGAAAGUGUGUCAGUUUUUAAAACUGUAAAACCCAGAGAUCAACAGAGGCUUUAUGUUCUCUCUCUCUCUGUGUCUCUGUCUCUGUCUGUCUGUCUGUCUCUCUCUCUGUCUCUCUCUGUGUGUGUGUGUGUGUGUGUGUGUGUGUGUGUGUGUGUGUGUGUGUUUAAAAUCUAUCAUCUCCGAGUUUUUCUCUUGUCAUGUAUGGAGGUCUCUACGACCAUCAGAACCAGCUUUCACACACUCAGUAACAGGGUUUUGGACUUUGUGGCACUGGCUCGCAGCACGGCCAUUGUGGAAUCAGACGCUGUUGUACAUGUCACUUUGAGAAGUCACCUGGCAACAGAAUGGACUGUUUGUGCUGAAAAGCCUGAGUUACCUGACAUCAGUUCUGAAGAAAACAGAACUGGAGUUCCUGCUCAUCUGAUGGAGGAAGCCAGCGAUAGCUUUAAUGUAAAGAAAUCCUGUAUUCAGUCCCUCAUUUAUCUUACUUCAAAAUGCUUACAAUGAUUUUAGCAGCGUUGCCAAGACAGUGGGACUACUCUCACUCAUGAAAGGUUUAAAGAUGCUAUUUCCUCAAAGGCCUAGAGAAUUCCAUUUGUUCACAUAUCCAUGUCUGUCAGCAUACAUUUGAUAAGAUUUUUUAUUUUAAAAUGGUUGACAAUGGAUAACCCAGAAACCUAGUUUUUGAAGGCCUUUUUGAAAAAUCAA